GCAUCUCUCCGCAAACAAGCAACAGGCGGCUCGAGCAUCCAUCCAUACGUCAUUGAGAUCGGCGUGUAUUCCUAACGUCGCGCUAUGAUGAAAACAUCUCUGCUUUCACUCGGACUGAUUCAUGCGCGCGGACUGAUUGUUUCUCAGUCGAGGGGAGAAAAUAAAUAAACAAACACAGAUGGUGUUUUUAUAGACUGUAGGUUGAUCGGUGGAGAGAAUAAUCUGCAGUUGUGAGGUGUUGUGGAUGAGUGUGUGCUCCAGCCGCGGUGUGUGUGUAUGUGUGUGUGUGUGUGUGUGUGUGUGUGUGUGUGUUAUCUCUGUGCAGGUGAGAGCAGGACGGCGCGCGCUCUGCUCACGCUCAUCUUCUUCCUCUUUUAUAUAACAGACGUCUCGCGCACGAUUCGCGUCGCACGCGCAGGUGGCUCAGAUUAAAACCGGCCCUUCUGUGUGUGUGUGUGUGUGUGUGUGUGUGUGUGGGUGGAUGAACUAUGGUGGCGAGCAUGGCAAAUUACGGCGACACAAAAGAAGUAGAAGACGGAAAUGGAGACAUUCCUGCUUCAGAUCUGAAAGGCAGUCAUAUUGACAAUGAGUACAGCAGCUCAGAAAGUGCAGAAUCAUCGUCAGAAGAGAGCGCAGAUGAAGAAGAGGAGGAGGAAGAGGAAAAUGAGGGGGAUCCAGAAAAUGUGGAACCAUGUGCUGAAGGCGUCACUGACGACUCACACGCAGAGACCAGAAGAGACAUGAGAAAUGGAGACCACGUGAAGCCAUUCUGUGAAAAAUGUAACAUUCUUCAGAGACCAGUCUACCAGCUUGUCACACCAAAAGAAAUCUGUGAAAAUCGAUGGCAGUUGACACUAGAGGACGAGGGAGUGUAUGAGUGCUCGGAGACAGGGCUGGUGUUUGAGGUGUCUCAGAGGGUCCGGAUCCGCUACCGUAUCCUUUCCUGGAGCAAGUUCAGUGCUUUCCUGAGUGACUCGUGGAAGUUUGCCGGGCCCAUUUUCGAUGUGGACUGUGAUCCUUCCAUCCUCAAGUCCAUCCAGUUUCCUCAUUCACUCUGCUUGGCAGAUCAGGACAAUGAGGUGAAAUUCAGCGUCCUACAUGUGAAGAACCACCAAGGCCUCAUCGAGCCUUCAGUCGAUCACUCACGCAGUCAUAUAAAGUGGAAUGUGUCGUCUCUGUCUCCGGUGGGCCCGGUCGUACAGACGUGUAAGCCAGCCGAGCACCACGGUGUUGUCCAGGUCUAUAAGGAAGUGGGCCAGCAGGACUCGUACUCAUUCAGGGUCUACCUGGCUACCAACAAUGACUCUGACAUCGCUGACAUUAGAAGGGAGGUAAGGACCGCAAAGAAAAAGUACAUGAAGAUCGAGAAGCCGCCUCAGUGCCAGAAGCUGCUGGAGGAGAACAAGAAGUACCGUCUGAUCAGUGAGCCCCAGGGGGACAUCACACCUGAGGACAUCCAGUUCACUCUGGCUGUCGUAAAGAUGAAAGGUUACUUUGAGGCGUUCUUCGAGCAGCGUCCUCCGUUCAGGCUCUCGCUAAUUGAAGCAGAGUCAGAGCAAAGUGUAUGGUCUGCUACCAUUCGAGAAGGAGACUGUGUGGAGAAUACUGUUGAACAAAACCGUAGCCGAUCCUGCAGUCGGAAGCGAAACUCCAGCAUGUCGGACGUGGAGCUGAUCAGUAAGAGAGCUCGCUGGUGUGAUGAAUCAGACGGUGUGAGAACUAAAGAGGCAGACAUGAGCGAUAAGCAGCUGAUGCAGGUGGCCAAAUGCAUGGGAAAGGAGUGGAAAUGUGUGGCCAUCGCCUACCUGGACCUGACCAAACAGGACGUGGAGGAGAUUGAGAUGACAACUAAGGGGAGCCCGACCAUGAUGAAUUUCCACAUGCUGGAUCGCUGGAGGAGUCGGCAGCCUAAGGGAGAGGCCAGAGUCAUGCAGCUCUACGAGGCACUGAACCAGGAAGAUGUGCCCAGAGAGGUCAUCGACAGACUGGAAGAUAUGCAACGCAGUGAUUCCCCUAAAUAAGUCCUGAACUUUUUCUUGGGUGGAUGUACUUCUGGACAUUCAUCUCAGCUCUGCAUUCUGGAGCCUUCAGCUUUAAGACUGUGUAUCUCUCAGGGUCUGUCCUAUUUCAGAAUUCUUUCUCUCUUUUUUUUGGAAGUAAUUCAAAAAAAUAUAAUAGGUUCAUUUUGACAGCUAUUUGUGGAAAGCUAUUUGGUGUAUAUGAAUGCGAAAAUGCAGGCCAGUUACAUUCAUUCUCUUAGCAAGCUUAGGUGAAGGCGAGUACACAAUAAGAAUAAUAAUAUGGUGCUGCAAAUACACCAUGGGAGCUGUGCUCUAUAACUACUUGAGUGUAUAGGUUCUAUAUCCCUGUGUACUUGACUGUGUACUGUUUGCGCAAUUUUAUUUUUUCAUACAUUUCAAUUUUCUAUCAUGCUUUCUUCAUGUCUCCAUUCCAACCACUCCAAACAUUGUGCUGACUCAGAGGAAUGCUUAAUCAUGUUUACCCAUUAAGCUUUUGGAGCAUUUGGACCAAUUUAUGUUGACUGUGUAUAACAUUUGGUGGGUUUUUUCCAUUAUGGCAGCAAAAAAAGCACUGGUAGCUUAUAGAAAAUUUAGUAACACUUUCUAUGAAGGCUAUAUGGCAUUACACAAAUUGUUAUAAGUAUUUAUGACAUAAGGGCAUUACAGUUUGUAGCAUUAUUGCUUAUAGCACAUUAUAUCACCAUUAUAUCUUCUCAUAAUGCAAAGUUGGGCUCAGUGAUAUAAUGUGUUGUGAACUUAUAAUGCAUCAAUGCAUCUUUCAUAAUGUAAAAUAACAAUUCAUAAUGUAAAAUAAAGAUAUCUAUAAAGUGUAGUGCAUUUUCCUAAAUAAGUAUAACAAUAUGCAUACUGCCUUAUAAAUGCAUUAUAACAUGAUAUGAAUAUUUUCGUAGUUUAUCAUUGAUAUGACCUUCACAGAAAGUUUUACCGAAUUUUUUUCUUUUCUUUUUUUUCAUUUCUAUGUACUGUAAAUAGUAUCUGUCUAUUUUUUUAGGUCUGUUUAUGAAUUUGCUAGUGUAUAUUUUCAUUCUUUUUCUUAUUCUUUUUUUUUUUUAAAUAUGUAAAAUAGAGUCCAUAGAGUGGUUACUGCUGUGCAGUCUGAUGUUAUUUGAUCUCAGAUGAGGAGAAUCGCAGAUCAGAUUUCAUCACACUCAUCACAUGUUUUUUGCAACAUGUAAGCCAAAGGUGGUAGAAUGUAUGUCUCUAUAUUAGGGCUUAUAAUUCAUUCAUUCAUUCGUCUUCAGUAAGCGCUUUAUCCAGGUCAGGGUUGUGGUGAUUCUGGAGACUAUACCGGGAACUCUGGGUGUGAAGCGGGAAUACGGACCAGACGGGACGCCAGUUCAUCGCAGGGCAUCAUGCACACAUUUACACAUGAACUCACACCUAGGGGCAAUUUAGCAAAGCCAGUCCACCUACUGGCAUGUUUUUGGGUGUUGGGAGGAAACCGGAGAACCCGGGAGAAACCCACACAGACACGGGGAGAAAAUGUGAAACUGCACACAGACAGCAACCCGAGCUCAGGAUCUAACAGGGACUCUGGAGCUGUAAGGCAGCAACGCUAAAGGCUUUUAAUAAUAUGUUUGUUUGUUUGUUUUUUCAAAGUCACUAUACCAAGAAUCAUGGUCUCAGUGUACAGUUAUUCAAGGAAACUCAUUCUCAGCAUCCUGACACUAGGUUAAACCAGAAAAAAGGGAACCAGAAGCACAUUUAAAAGCCAUUGCUGUGUUCAAAAUGGUAUAAUUGUACUGUAGAGUAGUAUGUCCUGAAAUAUUCAUUAUACAGUACAUACUAUUCCUCAUAAUAGUAUACAGUAUGCAAGAAUUAUUUUGUACACCACACAGUGAUGUAGCUACCUGCUUGUCGAAUUCCCUAGUGUUCUGUUCUGCCAAGAAAGCUAGCGUGAGAGCUAGCUAUAAAGUAAAGAGGUUUUGAGGGAAAAAAGUGAAUAGCCACAACACUAAUAAUAUUAACUAUAGGACUAACAAGUUAUUUAGCUGCUGUUAACAGACGCCAGUACAUUAGCUACAGUACAGUUUUCAGUUACCUGCAACAUGUGGAGAAAAACAAAUCAUAACGUAAUCAUGGUGCUUGGAUGUAUAAUUGCAUCUACUGCUGCUUUCUUCACCACAGUUUUUAGCAAAUAGCGCUGGCUGCAUUAGUAGUACGUCAUCUAGGCAUCUUUAGGACUAUUAAUUAUUUAAUGCUUUUUUGUAUUAGAUAUUGCAUUUGGAUUCAGUAAAUAAAUGCAUAGAAUGCCAUUUCGAACACAGUCCAUGGCUUAGCACUGUAUUACAGAUGUAUAAUUCCCUGCAAAUUUAAGACAAAUACCAUAGUAUAGUUAAGUAAAAAUAGUAAUAAUCAUGGGGUGUGUUCUGGGUGUUUAGGUUCGAGCUGACGGGAAAAUAUGAAGCAGUCAGGGUGGUUCUGUAACAUUUUUCAGAACAUGAAUAUCCACAUACACAGCAAUUAGGAGGCAUUAGUGGAUUCAGUUUACAUGCAAGGAACGAAAUUGGGGGCAUGCUGUCAUUGGAAAAUAACGAAUGACAGGGUGGUGUGAAGUUGAUUAUUUUCCUAUAACAGCAUGUCCCAAAGUGUUUUAUUCUUAUAUCUUAUAUAUUCAUAUACUGCAGCAGUCCUUUGGAAUGUCUGCAAAAGAGGUAACCUCUCCAAUCAGAUUGGAGAAUUCAACAGAGCUGAGGUGGAAUAUUCAUUAGGUAUAUGAAUACCUAAAUACCUGAAAACAGGACUCAUAAACAUCGCUUACGUUAUAACCGGACAAACCAAAAAGCCCUCCAUCCUUGAUACUUUCCCGGGUCGGAAAAGUUACAGCUUUACUUCUGACUGUCACACUGACACUGGAGAGACUGCUUCAAAAAAAAAUGCUAAAAAAAAAAAAAUUCAGAACGUCAGAACUUCACUCUUUUUCGUUCCUUGGUGGGCUGAGUAGUGGUUAGCAAGACAAGUCUACAUAAAUCCUUUGACUGUUUAAUAUUUUAAGACCAUAGAAUGAUAAGGUUCUAUCUGACAAUACUGUGAUUUUAAGAUCUUGAGCCAUAAAGGUUUGAACUUUCAUAAGGUCAGUGUAGAUACAACUUUUCAACUUUUUAUAAUUUUAUGCAUUUAACAAAUACUUUGCGCUAAAUCAUUCAUGCAAACAACAUAUAACUCAUUUGUUUGUCAAAAAAGUCAGACAGAACCUUCAAAUUCAAAAGUCUGUAAAAUGAAGUUUGUCAUCUUUCAUUAGCUUUUAUAGUUUUUCAUUUAGAUAUUGCUGUAUCUACCAUAAAACACAAAUGACUGAAUAAAAGUAUGACUGUUAAAACAUGA